CGGAGCACGCCUACUUCCGGGUUUGUCUUGACUGGGGGGCUCGAUCGCACUGGCUCGGAGUCGCCUCUUUUCCCCACGCGUGAAUCUCCGAAAAAGAGCCGAGGAUGCCUGGAAUUCUGCUAGGUGAUGAGUUCCCCAAUUUUGAGGCCGACACCACCAUCGGACGGAUUAAGUUUCACGAUUUCCUGGGCGGCUCCUGGGCUAUCCUGUUCUCCCACCCGAAGGACUUCACCCCGGUGUGCACCACCGAGCUGGCGUGCGCCGCAGGCCUCAGCGACAAGUUCGCCAAGCGCGGCGUCAAGAUGAUCGCCUUGUCUGUGGACAGUGUGGAGGAUCACCGCGGAUGGAGCAAGGACGUGAUGGGCUUCAACAGUCAGGCUUCGAACCCUCUGCCCUUUCCCAUCAUUGCAGACGAAAGGAGGGAGCUGGCCACCAAGCUGGGGAUGCUGGACCCCGACGAGAUCGACGGCGACGGCAUCCCGGUCACUGCCCGUUGCGUGUUUGUGAUCGGGCCCGACAAGCGGCUGAAGCUGUCCGUCCUCUACCCGGCCACGACCGGGCGGAACUUUGACGAGCUGCUGCGCGUCAUCGACUCGCUGCAGCUCACCGCGCAGAAGAAGGUGGCCACGCCUGUCGAUUGGAAGCCCGGCGACAAAGUCAUGGUACUUCCCAACGUCUCGGACGCCGAAGCGGCGACUCUCUUCCCCAACGGUGUCACCACAAGAGAGGUGCCUUCUGGGAAAAAAUACCUGCGCUACACUCAGCUCUGAAGACCACCCCUCAUGUUCGCCCCUUUCUAGAUUACAAAUUUAAGAAAAAUUCACCGACAGUCAAACAAUGAGUACAAAAUAUCAUGCAGCAACAAUAAACAGCACUAGUGCCUUUUGUAACAUCCCGUAAUAAACCAAGUUUGCACUUAAA